AUAACAGAUGUACUUGAGGCAUGGGGUGGAAAAACAUGCAACGUGUUACUCUCAAAGAUCAGUGCCUAUAAGCUCUUUUACUGGGACAUAAAGCAACUUGGUCCAGACAUGGAGUUGGAAAGCGAGUCAAUCAACGCUUAUCUUCACCUCCUUAUAAAUGACUACAAUUGUGCAGAAACUACAAAAUCAACUUUCAUUGACACGUUUGCAAUGACAUCCAUAUGGAAUGGGAAGAUUCCGCGACUCAAGAUAAAACCAAUGGAAUAUGGUGUAAUUCUGGGAAUUGUGAACAAGCAUCAUCACUGGAUGUUAGUGGUAAUCUACCCACAAGACAAGCGGUUGGUGUUUCUGGAUCCUCUAGGAGAGAGUAAACAGGACAUACAGACAUGUCGGGCUACUACAAGGGCAUUUAUGCGAAAAAUGGGAUGUAACAUCUCCAGGUGGACUUGUGACACAGUGAUGCAUCCCAAACAGACAGAUGCCACAUCAUGUGGACUCUUCACCUUGAAGUUUGCUGAGAAAAUCCUGAGAAAAGAAAAGAUUUCUUUUCCGACAACUAAAAAAGAAAUAAACAAGCACAGGAUGAAAAUUGCGACCACUCUCCUUCUCAGCACAGAUGACCUGAGCAACCUCUGUCACUUUUGUGGCGAGAAAAACACGGACAUUGAAGACAUCUGGAUUCAGUGUGACGACUGCUUCCGAUGGUACCACCUUCAAUGUGUUGGAAACCCAGAUCCCCAACAGGAUUACGUGUGCUUUGCAUGUCAAUAG